GCCCCGAAACCUCUCGCACCACCUUUUUCCCUCCCCCAUUUUGAACACACUCACUCUCUGUCUCUCUCUCUCUCCAAAAGUAUACACACAUAUAUUCCUUCUCUGUCUAAAAGAGCAAUAGUAAAGGAGGAUCGAAGACCAUGAACAUGAUGAGGUUAUUCUCCAGAGGCUCCGGCGAGUCUCCGCAGCCGUCGUCGUCGUCGUCGUCGGAGGCUUCUCCGUCGCCGCCCUCGCCUGCCUCCACCACUGGACCGGCGCGGCCGAUCCGCCUGGUGUACUGUGACGAGAAGGGGAAGUUCCGGAUGGAUCCGGAGGCGGUCGCGACGCUUCAGCUCGUCAAGGAGCCCGUCGGCGUUGUCUCCGUCUGCGGUCGCGCUCGCCAGGGCAAGAGCUUCGUGUUGAAUCAGCUUCUUGGAAGGAGCAGUGGAUUUCAAGUUGCAUCUACUCAUCGUCCUUGUACAAAAGGGCUUUGGUUGUGGAGUGCACCCAUAAGGAGAACUGCUCUCGAUGGAACCGAAUACAAUCUUUUACUGUUAGACAGUGAAGGAAUUGAUGCUUAUGAUCAGACGGGAACAUACAGCACACAGAUUUUCUCCUUAGCUGUCCUCUUAUCAAGCAUGUUCAUAUAUAACCAGAUGGGUGGUAUUGAUGAAGCAGCACUUGACCGCCUCUCUCUUGUUACUGAAAUGACUAAACAUAUUCGUGUUAGAGCCUCUGGAGGACGGACUACUACUUCUGAGCUUGGGCAAUUCUCCCCAAUCUUUGUUUGGCUCCUAAGGGAUUUCUAUUUGGACUUGGUGGAGGAUAAUCGAAAAAUAACACCCCGUGACUAUCUAGAACUAGCUUUGAAGCCAGUUCAAGGAAGUGGAAGAGAUAUAGCUGCAAAAAAUGAGAUUCGUGAGUCCAUUAGGGCUCUUUUUCCGGACAGAGAAUGCUUCACCCUUGUGCGGCCUUUGAGCAACGAAAAUGAACUCCAGCGACUUGACCAAAUUCACCUGGACAAAUUAAGACCAGAAUUUAGGUCUGGGCUGGAUGCUUUUACAAAGUUUGUGUUUGAGAGGACUAGGCCCAAGCAAGUUGGGGCAACAGUAAUGACAGGACCCAUUCUUGCUCGUAUUACUCAGUCUUUUCUGGAUGCAAUAAAUAAUGGUGCGGUGCCUACAAUAACCUCCUCAUGGCAGAGUGUUGAAGAAGCGGAGUGUCAAAGAGCAUAUGAUUUAGCAUCUGAGGUCUAUAUGGCUUCUUUUGACCGAUCAAAGCCCCCAGAGGAAGCUGCACUAAGGGAAGCACAUGACGAAGCAGUUCAAAAAUCGACAGCUGCAUUUAAUGAUAGUGCUGUAGGGUCUGGUUCAACUAGGCAGAAGUACGAAAAGCGUCUCCAUAACUUCUUAAGGAAGGCAUUUGAGGACUACAAAAGGGAUGCUUUUAGGGAGGCAUACUUGCAAUGUUCAAAUGCUAUACAGAACAUGGAAAAGGAACUAAGAACAGCUUGUCAUGCUCCUGAUGCAAAAAUAGAUCGUGUUCUUAAGAUUCUUGACGAUCUUGUAUCCAAGUAUGAAAAAUCGCCUCAUGGUCCAGAAAAAUGGCGGAAACUGGCUGGAUUCUUGAAACAGAGUUUGGAAGGUCCAGUUGUAGAUCUUAUCAAGAAGCAAAUAGAUCAAAUCGUGUCAGAGAAGAGUUCCCUCAUGCUAAAGUGCCGUUCUAUUGAAGAUAAGAUGGGAUUGCUCAACAAGCAACUGGAAGCUAGCGAAAAGUACAAAUCAGAGUAUUUAAAGCGUUACGAGGACGCUAUAAAUGACAAGAAGAAGCUUGCUGAUGAUUACAUGAGUCGAAUAGCAAAUUUGCAGAGUAAAUGUAGCUCAUUGGAGGAGAGGUGUUCUAGCUUGUCGAAAACAUUAGACUUGGCGAGGCAGGAGUCUGUGGAUUGGAAAAGAAAAUAUGAACAGGUACUUUCAAAACAAAAGGCAGAAGAAGAUCAGGCGAGCUCAGAAAUAGCAAUUCUCAAAUCCAGGAGCAGUGCUGCAGAGGCAAGGUUGGCUGCUGCCAGGGAACAAUCUCAGUCUUCUCAAGAGGAGGCGGAGGAGUGGAAAAGGAAGUAUGAUAUUGCUGUCAGAGAAGCGAAAGCUGCUCUAGAGAAGGCGGCAGUCGUUCAAGAACGGUCAAGUAAGCAAACACAGCUGAGGGAAGAUACUCUCAGAGAAGAAUUUUCUAGUACCUUGGCUGAGAAGGAAGAUGAAUUGAAGGACAAGGCUUCUAAGAUUGAAUUUGCGGAGCAGCGUUUGACAACUUUGAGUUUGGAAUUGAAGGCUGCUGAGUCAAAGAUAAAGAACUACGAUUCAGAAAUUUCAAAUCUGAAGAUUGAAAUCAAGGAACUGGCUGGGAAGUUAGAAACUGCAAACGGGAUGGCUCAGUCAUUUGAACGACAAGCCAGGAUACUGGAACAGGAAAAACUUCAUUUGGAGCAAAAAUACCAAUCGGAGUUCAACAGAUUUGAGGAAGUGCAAGAUAGGUGUAGAAAUGCAGAGAGAGAAGCCAAAAGAGCAACAGAAUUAGCUGAUAAAGCACGAGCAGAAGCAGUCACUUCUCAAAAGGAAAAAUCAGAGAUUCAGCGAACCGCAAUGGAAAGAUUAGCUCAAAUCGAAAGAGCUGAAAGGCACAUUGAAAGUCUGGAACGGCAGAAAGCUGACCUGGCAAAUGAAGCAGAUAGAUACCGCGCCGCCGAGGCGGACGCUGUUUCCAAAGUCUUGAUAUUAGAAGCGAGGGUUGAAGAAAGAGAAAAAGAGAUAGAGUCGCUUUUGCAAUCUAACAACGAACAGAGGCUUAGUACUGUUCAAGUCCUUGAGAGUCUACUAGCGACAGAGCGCGCGGCACGCACGGAAGCAAAUAAUAGGGCGGAAGCGCUCUCAGUUCACUUACAAGCGACUCAAGGGAAACUUGACUCACUCCAGCAGAAGUUGACUCAGGUUCAACUCAAUGAAUCGGCAUUAGACGGGAAGCUGAAAACGGGUUCUCAUGGGAAACGGGUGAGACCGGAGGAUUAUGAAGUUGGGGUUGAGUCUGUUCAUGAUAUGGACAAUAAUAACGGAGGAAUGAGAGGGAAUAAAAGGUCGAAGAGUACAACUAGCCCUUUGAAACCCGUGCAGCCGGAAGAUGGGGGUUCUGUGUUUAAGGGGGAUGAAGAGAAUGAUGACAGUCAGCAGACCAAUUCGGAGGAUUACACGAAGUUCACUGUCCAAAGACUGAAGCAGGAACUUACGAAGCAUAAUUUUGGUGGCGAGUUGCUUCAGUUGAAGAAUCCCAACAAGAAGGAUAUAGUUUCUCUUUAUGAAAAAUGUGUUCUCCAGAAAUCGUAACAUUUCGAGUAGUUCGGAAUUUUAAUGGACUGCUAGCUUAUGAAUGCCGAAAUCGAGUUGUUUUUGAAACUCGAUUAUUGGUUCAGAUCUUUUGAUUUACUUUGGUGUAGUUAAAAUUAGCCAAGAACUUAUUCAGGUGUGCUACAUUCGGGGUUAGUGUUUGGUGUUAUUUUCUUUCUUUCUUUCUGGGAGGUGUAUUUCUUGUUUGUGAAAUAUUCUAUUUCGGAGUUAUUUGGAGUGACAUACUAAUUUUAUUUGUAUGAUUAAAA